GGCGGCGGCAGCGGACCGAUGCGCGCGUUAACGUACAGCAGAUUUCCAUCUAAGGGGCGGAUCGCUAUUUUCGGCUUCGAACCGAUAUGGAUAAAGGUACCCCACAGAGCAGACGGUGCGCCACUCGCCUCUUUCGGUCUCUUGCACAACGUUCGUCCCUAAGAGAUCGUCGCCGAUCCAUUGAGUCAUCCAACUCUGAACGAAAGAAACACUAACAACAGUCCUCCAAGAUGUGCGACGAUGAUGUUGCGGCGCUCGUCGUGGACAAUGGUUCGGGUAUGUGCAAAGCGGGAUUCGCAGGAGACGAUGCACCACGAGCUGUCUUUCCUAGUAUCGUUGGUAGACCACGUCAUCAGGGUGUAAUGGUCGGUAUGGGUCAGAAAGACAGCUACGUGGGCGACGAAGCACAAAGUAAAAGAGGUAUCCUUACCUUAAAAUAUCCUAUAGAACACGGCAUUAUCACCAAUUGGGAUGACAUGGAGAAGAUCUGGCAUCACACCUUCACCGUCUACAACUCCAUAAUGAAGUGCGACGUCGACAUUCGUAAGGAUCUCUACGCCAAUACCGUACUAUCCGGCGGUACCACCAUGUACCCUGGUAUCGCCGAUCGUAUGCAGAAGGAAAUCACUGCCCUCGCACCCUCUACCAUCAAGAUCAAGAUCAUAGCACCUCCCGAGAGGAAAUACUCCGUAUGGAUCGGCGGUUCGAUCCUCGCUUCCCUAUCUACCUUCCAACAGAUGUGGAUCUCGAAGCAGGAGUACGACGAGUCUGGCCCUGGCAUCGUUCAUCGCAAAUGCUUCUAAAGAAAAUAAUUCUAUCGUUAAUCCGUAUCUUCGAAAUCCAUUUUCAUAUUUUUUCUUAUCUUCCUUUCGUUUCUUUUUCCUUUCUUUUUCUUUCUCUCUUUCCUUUUUUCCGUCGAUCCCAUAAAGCUCGACGUAUUUGUCAUUUGGGCAAACCGAAUCUCCAGGGAAGGGACGAAAUGACAAAGGAAAGAAGAGGACGGAAGAAGGAAGUAUGACGAAUUGGCAAACUGAGGAAGCAAUUAAUUGCCUUUAUUCUACACAUUUAUCCGACUGUACUUUACUUUGUAGUUUAUACAAAUAUGACUGUUUAUUAUGAA